AUGUCUACAUCAAUUUCCAACUUGUUUGGAGACGUUGAUCCGGAGAAAGUUGAUGAAGGAGUUAGCAAAUUGUUUAGUUCAUCGUUGGGUCCAGUCAAUGAAGCUGAGAUUAAGAGCAAGAAGAGGACAGUUAUAGAGGUCUCAAAAGAGACUGAGCAAGUAGUGGAAGAAACUGUGAAGGAGGAAGUAGCCGUUCCUUUGAAGAAGAAGCAGAAGAAAAAGGAUGAUGAUACUGAGUUGGAAGAUCGUUACUACGCUAAAUUGGCAGGUGAAGAGCCAACUGAAGAGCCAACUGAAGAGCCAGUCAGUGAAGAGUCCGAUGAAAAGAGUGAUAUUGAAGAGAAACCAAAAGCUGGUGAAAGUGCCAAGGCGAUUGAUUUGAAAGAAGAUGAACUGAAAAAGGCAGAGAGAACUGUAUUUGUGGGUAAUCUUUCAAGCGAAGUAAUUACUUCCAAGAAAGUCGCAAAAGAGUUUAAAAGACUUUUUAGUGGUUUGGAAGACGAGGCGAGCGUGAUUGAAAGUAUCAGAUUCAGAUCGAUAUCGUUUGACGAGGCAUUACCAAGGAAAGUUGCAUUUGUGCAACAAAAAUUGCACAAGUCUAGAGAGUCUGUUAAUGCUUACGUUGUUUACAAGGACAAGGGCGCAGUGAAGAAGGCAUGUGCCAAGUUGAAUGGACACGUUUUCCUUCAGCGUCAUCUGAGAGUCGAUUCCGUUACACAUCCAGCUGUUCACGAAAAUAAGAGAUCUAUAUUUGUUGGUAAUCUGGAUUUCGAAGAGGAUGAUGAGAGUCUGUGGUUGCAUUUCAAGGAUUGUGGUGAGAUUGAAUACGUGCGUUUGGUGAGAGAUGCCAAGACCAACAUGGGGAAAGGUUUCGCAUACAUUCAGUUCAAAGAUUUUCAAAGUGUCAACAAAGCCCUGUUAUUAAAUGACAAACCAAUGCAAUCUGUAAAACCAAACGGUCCCAAGAGAAAGCUACGUGUUAGCAGAUGUAAAAACAUUAAAAAGAUCGUUGGUAACAAGACAUCAGGUUCUAAAUUAAACGACCAUCACAAGACAAAGAUCGGAAGAGCCAAGAAAGUGCUUGGUAAAGCAGAUAGAGCCACCGUAGGGAAAGAAUUGACCGUCGAAGGUCUAAGAGCUACAAAAGGCACCGGUCCCGUAUCUUCUGUCCUCAAAAAGAAGAAGCAGAGAUCAAAGACAGGGAGAGUGACGAAACGUUCUGUUGCAUUACAAAAAAUCUCAGGCAUCAUCUUAAUGUAA